AUGCAGACCGCACUUGCUGCCCUGCUCUGCUUCGGAGUCCUUCCUGCUGACCCCAGCGUCACAGUCGGGUUCCGCUCCAGUGUUCAUUCAUGGGUGUCAAUCUGGCAGGGUGUCGGGCUGUGUCUCCUAGAGCUCAGGGCAGCAGCUGGGUGGGGGCCCCUGGAGCUCAGACUCUGCUCCCCGACAGAGACACUCUCCAAACCUAUCAUCUGGGCCGAGCCCAGUGAGGUGGUUGAGAAGGGGUCGCUGGUGACCAUCUGGUGCCAGGGCGCAGUGGACACUGAGGAGUUUCAGCUGUACCUGGAGGGGACCCUCUUCACCUUAGAGAGGCCGAAGCCCCCUGGGCUGAGAUACAGAGUCCACGUUCUCAUCCCGGCCAUGAGCUCCCACACGGCCGGGCAGUGCAGCUGCGGCUACCAGAGUGGGGAGAACUGGACUGAGCCCAACGACGCCCUGGACCUGGUGGUGACAGGAACGUAUGAUACCCCCACUCUCUGGGUUCAUCUGGGGCUGCAGGUGACUCCUGGGGAGCCUGUGACCCUGUACUGCCACCUGGAGACCAAGACCAGCAUGUUCGUCCUGCUCAAGGAGGGGAGACUCCGCCGCGUGCAGCAUGGUCAGGGCCCUGUGCAGGCCGAGGUCCCCCUGGACCCCAUGACCUUGGGCCCACCAGCAUACAGGUGCUUCGGGUCCUACAACAGCCACGCGUGGUCCUUCCCCAGUGAGCCCGUGGAGCUCCUGUCACAGGAGACAGAAACACCAGCUUUGCCCCCAUGGACCCUACCCCUUCUCCAGCAGUGCACAAAGGGGAGCACUGUCCUGGUCCUUUGGAGCUGGGAGUCCUGAGAGACUCUGGCUAAGCCGCUAAGGGCGAUCCUGUCAACAGCUGAAUAAUAAAAUCAGGGCCGGGCAAAACUCAGUGCAGAGUUUCUUGGUUUUGCGGCGCUGGAAACACUGGAGCUUCAACCGGCCCUGGGCCUGGCGCACAUGCUGUUCCAUCAGAUCAGAACCAGAGCGGCAGCACCGCGGUCUUCAAAGAUUGGUUACCAUGCUUCAGUAAAACGCUGUUUGCUAAUAACUUGCAUAUUCUGUGCCUCACAGAAACACAUGGCUUUAGUCUUAGAAUUUAAACAUUAAAAUCUUAAUUAUUUUAGUGCAUCUGAACGCAAAACUUGCUCAUUAGCUUUUCCCCUAAAAUCUAAGCAGUUUUGAAAGGGAGCUGCCAUGCCAGCCUCACGGUGGUGAUUCCACUGGAAAGCCUGGUCCUGCGCUCUUCUCUCCCGGUCUCAUUUCCUUGUGAAUUAUUUCUCAUCCCCACUUUGUCUCAUACAUCAUUGUCCAUUUCUUUCUGGUACUGGGCAUUGAAGCCGGGGCCCCAUGCAUGCCAGGGAAGCUUUGACCACGGAGCCCUCCGCCCCUGUGGUGGAAAUCGCUAUGUGUGAGUCCCGGAGCUGCCGUCCCUGGGAACAGGAUGGCUCCGCCCCACGGGGAUUCAUACAGAGGCGCAGGCGCAGGGAAUUGUGCGGGCCCUGCUUCCCCUUAGUGUGGUUGGUGUCACACAGCGUGAGAAUUCGCGUGCGGUGGAAUCGAGCAAUGAAAGCACCCAUUUCCAGCUUGGUUGUCUGCGUCCAGCGCUGGCGUGGCCUUCUGGGAUCAAAGGUAGUCACCGCUGUCCCUCCCACACUAGGCAGGGGACGAGCGUCCACUUCGCAUCUGCAGCUCCCAUAAUAGUGAUAAAUACAGGCAGUCCCAAUCUCACACCAAGUUUAAGUUGAAUUUAGCUUUUAAGCUGAUGUGAGAAAACAUAAAGAAUGUCCCUGUUUACGGCACACGUGGUGUUGGGCACAAGUUCACCUUAGGUGUGGCUCGCCUCGGGGAGGAGACGUCUAGGUAGCAGUCUUCCGUAAUAGUCAUCGUGUCUUUUUCUUUCACCUCUGGGGACUGGGCCCACAGCUUUCACAAGGGUUCUUUAGCCCCCUUGUAAUUUUUAUUUUGAGACAGAACUUCACCAAGUUGCCUGAGCUGGGCUUGAACUUGCAAUCCUCCUGCCUCAGCCUCUCAGAGUGAGGGGACUACAGGCGUGUGCCGCCACGCCCAGUUUAUCUUUCAUUUCUCUGUGGCGCAAACAUCCCGAGUCCUUUCCCUGCACUUUUGGAAACGCAUCACACCCUCUUAGCAAGUGCAGGUUGAGGGUCCUUGUGCUGCUAUAGCAUCGCCCUCCAGGACUUCUCCGUUUUAUAAAAUGAAGCUGUGACCCACUGGAGUCGCCUGCGCUCCGGGAUAAGCGCCUGUGCCUGAGGGUCAGGACUGUCUCUCGGGUCCCUGUUUAUCUGUUUAUCUGGACAAAGUGGACACCUUACAAGCAAAGGAGGGAAGGGCUCACAUUUCCACCCCUUCCCAGCCUUUUGUAUUUAGUGAAGACAUAUUAAAACUAGGAAGGAAGAAACACUGGGAGGAAAGCACAGGGCUGUAACCAGACCCAGAUACAGAUGGAAAUCAGCCCGCAGGUCAGAACGGGGGUCUGAGCAAGGUCCUCUCAAGCCCCUCCUGGGGCUUAGAGAGCUCAGGCUAGGCACCUCUCCCCUGGGCCGCUUCUGCGCAUAUCUGCGGCACCGAGAGUUCAUCUGUGUUCUCUAGGGCUGGGCCCAGGUCCUCUCCGCCCGCCCCACCCCAACCCUGGCUGCCCAGACCAGGUCCCCUAGUGCUGUUCGCUCCCUGUGCUCCUCAUGGUUGCUGUGCCAGUGGUCCACGCCCAAAGCCAGCAGCGCUUGGAGGACUAGCGCUGCUGGGCCAGCUGCACCGCAUUCUCUGCAGUGUGCUUCUGGGUCUUGGGCUCUGCAAGGCCCCAUGGGAAGAGACAAACCACUGCAGGUCAGUCUGGCCAAUCCCAACCGAGAGUGGAAGCAGGGCUUGGCCCCCCUCUGUCCCAUGGAGCCCCUGCUCUGAGAGCUAAGGUACCCUGUGCCUCCUUCAGGGACUGGGGACACCCUCUCCCUGUCCCCUUUGGUGAAUUCCCAAAGCUCUGAUUCUAUGUCUGCAACCUCUCUCCUCAUCUGGAACUUGAAAUUCUCUUGACUGCUAUUUUUGUUUGUCUUUGUUUUUUUGGUUCAGGGGAUUGAACUCAAUGCUCUGCCACUAAGCUACAUUCCCAGCUCUUUUCCUUUGGUAAAAAUGUUUUGAGAUGGGUUUUGCUAAAUUGCCCAGGUAGGACUCGAACUCAUAACCCUCCCUUUUCCACCUCUUUUAGCUGCUGGGAUUGCAGGUCUACACUGCUAUGCCCGCUGCAGUUCUCUCCGCUGUACCUUCCUAGAUGUCACACAUUCCAUUGCUGUCAUACCUGGCAAACAUCUAGCACUACUGGGCCUGGGAAGGAGGUGGGGGAAAGUUCAGAAGAACUUAGGUAAGGUUCCGCCAGCUGUGUGACCUCUGCCGGUGGUGCCCUGAGGUCUUCGUGACCUGAGGGCUUCCUGCUCAUGUACAGAGCCCACAUCUGUUCUGGGUGAGAUCAGAGAGCUAAGUGCAAAGACUACUCAAGUGGGGAAGAUGACACAGUAAGAGUCCUUUUCACACGGGAGUGAGGGUGAUUCCUUCCGCCAACAUGGUGACUGUUCGCUCUAAGGAAAGAGAUGGAAGCACUCCCCAAAUUAAAAUGUUAACACGUGUGUCCAUCAGAAGAUACCCUGAGAAGGUGACAAAAAUUCACAGCACAUGCACAGCCGACAAAGAAACAGUCAACAGUGAACGGAGAGAAACUGCAGUCUAAUGGUAAAAACCUACCGGGUAUAUUGCAAUAGUUCUGAGACAACAGGAUGAGCCAUUUAGGGAAUUAUUUGAACUUCUCCCUACUUCCUGUUUCUCCAACUUCCUUUUUUCUCAUAUGAGGAAACCAUGAGGUAGUUAGGUUCAUGUAAAAGAAGUUUUUGUGGUAUCAUCUGUUUGGGUUUUUUUUGUAAGAGUGAGUUUUUUUGGUCAUGUUUUGUUCUCUGAAUAACUCUUUUGGUAUAAUUUUUUUCACAGAAUAAAGAGAAAUACAGUAAAGAAGCCUGUGUCUGCAAGAAGAAAUAAAGAGAAAUAGUUGAUAAUUUAAAUCAGUUAGCAAGAGACAGAGGGCAGAAGACUUAGCCAGACCUAGACACCAUCACUUCACAGGGAAGCAACACAGAUUCUGCAGACAUGGCAGCGUGUGCUUCAUUGUCAGUGAACGAAAAGUAAAUUACAGUGAGAAGGGAAUAUCUUGUCAGAUUCUAUUGAUGGAAAAAAACAUUAAAAUCCCAACUUACUGUGUGUGGUGCAGCCUGCAAUCCCUGCACUCUAGGGGCUGAGGCAGGAGGAUCACAAGUUUGAAGCUGGAUUGGGUUCAGGCUGCCUGGACCUCACAGGAGACCCUGUUUUAAGACCAAACCAGAUGAACCAGAAACCUGACAGCUCGGCAUUUGGAGCCACAGGGUCUCAUAUGUGGCCAGUGGAGUGCAGUUGGUACACCUGAGGGCCACAGUGCACCUGUCCUCAGCGAUCCUGCUGAGGGAGCUUUUGGCAAUCCUGACCUGGGGCCAGAUCCUCCUGGCAAUCCUCCUGCAUCAGCCUCCCGAGUGCUAGGAUAGGAGUGUACCACAUGGCUGGCUCCACUGUCUGCUUUUGUGUGGUCCAUGAGCCUCAGAAUGUGCUUUAUAUUUUUAAAUUGUAAAAAAAAUUCAAAAGAAGAAUAUUCUCUCCAGGCAUGGUGAUGCACACCUGCAAUCCCAGCACUCAGGAGGCUGAGGCAGGAGGAUAGCUAUGAGACUGAGCCCAUCCUGGACCACAUAGUGAGACCCUGUGUCAAAAAGAAGACUGUUCUUUCAGGGCAGUGAAAAACUUAUGACACUCAAGGGUCAAUGUCCGUAGAACAUGACCGGGACUGGUGCACAGCCAAGCUUGUCAUUUACACUUGGACAUAGCUACUCUGGUGCUGUGGAGGAGCUGCCACUUAAGGCCCUGGGAGGCAAGGCUGGGAGGGGAGAGAACCGGGGUUGGUUCCAUGCUAAUGCAGUGGAGGUGAUUGUAGGGAGUCCUUGAAGCUGGAGAUGGAUCCCAUGUGUGGGGCUAAAGCAAGGCCAGUGCUGAAAACACAGAGAGCCCAGAACAAACCUCCUAAACAAGCUGUUCCAGCUCUGGGAAGGCAAGGGGCCCAGGCCCAACAAAUAGCUGGGCAGUGGGUUGUAACUGACAGCGUCCUCCUGAGUGUAUGAAUAAACAUGCCACAGUGGUCCCGCAGUUCCCUCCCUCCCAUUAGGAGAGAGGGAUCCUCCUGACCCCAGCUUUCCUCUCUUCAUUUUCCCAUCCUCUCACCAUCCUUUCCCUGGGAGCAUCUAGAGCUGCAGUUGGUCGAUACUGGUGCUGAGCUCCUGGUCCCCUACAUGUGGCAUGUGGGACAGACCAGAAGACUCUAGACAUGCCAGUGCAUGCUGACCUCACUGUGAUGGCUGUGCCCCAGAUAUCGCCAAGCCUCUUGUGGUCACAUGAGGGCUUUUCAGAGGUGCUGGAUCUAGAGUGUGUGAUGCUGAGAUUGGCUCAUGGUGCAAAGCUGGGCUCAAGGAUGCUAGGAUGAAGGGUGUGAGUGCUGCCUGCCCUAAGCAAUUUGCAGAAGAUACAAGAGAUAGAAAAAGCUGUGGUCCUCCUUUGUUGCUUUGCUGCCUUCCACCUACCAUGAACUGCUUCUCCUCUGACACACCACCCUGCUUUGGAGCCAGCUGAUUGUGACUGAAACCUCUACAAACUGUGAGCUGCAACCCUUCUCUCCUCUAACUUCAGGUGUCAGGUACUUUGUCUCAGCAGUGAGAAGAGCAUGACACUAACUUUGAAUAAAAUGCCUUUGUCCCAA